AUGAAACAUCUGCGAAAAUUGUGUGAUAAUAAAGGUGUGGAGCUGUCUGAGGAUAUCAGAAUGGAAAUAUUGCAUCUUUUGCCUUCAAAAUCACUAGCAAGGUUUAAAUGUGUAUCAAAGUGUUGGCAAAAAUACAUUGCUGAUUGUCGUUCUCAACGAUGGAGACCUCAACCUGAUUUCAUCGGUUUCUUUCAUCAAUCUUGGAAGACCCGUAAACUUUCUCAAAUCCGUUUCUUCUCCGAAUCGAAGGAAUCGAAUAAUAAUCCCAUUGAUUUGGAUGAGUCAGUGAAUUUUCUUAGCAGGAGAGUGUACAUUGUUGCAUCAUCCAACGGUUUUCUUCUUUGCACUAAACAUCGAAAAAAUACAAUGGCUUAUUAUGUUUACAAUCCUGCCACUAGGCAACAUCUGGCUCUCCCCAAAACUUUACUCUGCAUGAAUGAUGACCUAGCUGUUGGAUUCAUUUGUAACGUAGAUGAUCGUAAUAAAGAUGUCAUCUCAUUUACUAUAGUUCGUUAUGAAAUACCUCGUCAUUGGGGUGAGUUGCAAUACGGUGUAGCAAUUGAAAGUUUCUCUUCUGAGACUAAUGUGUGGACUGACAAUAUUGUGGAUCUUGAUGAACCUCUUAGAAACCUUUUUAAUUGGAAUUUGAAAUCGAAAUCUUCGUCAUCAUUGCCGUCAGCUGGUGUCAUCGAUGGAGUAUUCUGUUGGCUUGAUCAAGCUGGAACACGGAUCACUGCUUAUGAUAGUGGCUACAAUUGUUUCUGGGCUUUGGAAUUGACUGAAGAGAUGGAGCUUGCUUUGGAAUUGACUGGGUCGUAUAGAACCAGUUGUUUCCUUGGAUUAUCUGGUGGAGCUUUCUAUUUUGCAUUCAAUUCCGGGGAAGGAAUCACUGUGUGGAAACUCGAGAGCGAUAUUCGUUGUCGAGAUGCAGUAUGGGUCAAGAAGUAUAGUGUGAAUGUCGCCGCCACAGUUCCUUUUGGACUUAAAGGCUCUCUUCAUAUCGACGUGCAGAACAUGGUCAUUCAUCCUGUUUUUCCGCACAUCUUUUAUUUGGACGUAAGAGGCAAGUUUAUUUCUUAUGACUUGGAAACGGAUAUUGCAGAACUCGUGUAUGAUUUUAGAGAACCUUGGUGGAGAACACAGCACUACAAGUUAUUUCCUUAUGAGUGGCAUCAAUGGCCACGACUUCUGUAG